CUCAAUAAAGGGCGCUAGUGUCCGUCAAGUGUCACAGCCGUUGCCCGUCUCCUCAGUAUUGUAACUUAAAUCGGUGAUUUAAUUAGGAAUAACGUAUUUUUUUCUAGAAUUUGUGAAACAUUAAGCAAUAAUGACCGACAAGAAAGCUCAGACACUUAAGUGAUUAUUCCUAAUUCAGUCCGCUCUGUUCCUAAGGCAUAUGAUUACAGAGCAUAGCGUUUAAGGGAUGUGUAAAAGUUUAGUCUCAUACCCGGUGACACCUCAUCCACCAACAGGUUUUGUCCCUGCGCCGGCACAGCCUGCUACUUACGGUAGUACACUUGCAGGUGCCGCACCGUAUGGAGUAUUUCCUAAUCAACCACAACUAUAUGCCGCGCAAGGCCCACCACCGCCAACGUAUGAUCAAACUCUUACCCAUCCAAUGAUGUAUCAGCCAAUGUAUGGUCAAGGAUAUCCAGGAUACUUAGCGGGUUAUCCUGCAUAUGGUCCAUUGCAAUAUUAUCCACCAUUAGCUGCAGCUGCUGCAUAUUAUCCCGCAGCGGCAAUGCAACCUCCAGUUAGGCCUCCUACACUCGUAAUGCCUAAUGGGUUCGAUGCUACUAAUCGAUUCGAUAGUAUUUCACAACCUGUCUUGCCACCACCCCCAACAGUCCCAAAUGCCGCCCAAUUAGCUGCAAUGGCAAGUCAUAGCGUGGCUAUAUCGCAAAAGAAGAACUUUCUAGGAGGAGGAACAGAAGGCGGUUACACCUUUUGGUAAACCAUUAAACCUUUUGUGAAACACUAAGUCUAACAAAGGCAUUGUUGUCGAGAUGAUCCAUGUAGGCAAAUCUGAUUUAUGUUAGAGUUCUACUAUUUUCACAUUGGAAGCAGCUAUUAAAUUAGUAUAUCUUGUGCGCGGAUCGAUUGCAAAAAGUAGCACUUAUUGAUUCGCAAAAUUCCAAAAUGCUUAGUAUAUAUUUUUUUUUUUGUUAUUUCGUUAGUUUGUCACAAAUUAAACGUGUGACAUAGUUUAUCAGUGCACAAUGCAAUUUUCAGAUUUUUAGCAAUCGGUCAACGCAUCGAACAUAUAUUAUGAGAUUUAAGAAAAGCAUUAAGAAAGGAAGACUCGUGCGAUGCUUAUAAUUAAUUAUAUUCGACUAUAUUCAAUUAAUUCAAAAAAAAAAAAAAAAAAAAAAAAAAAAGAAACCAGAAUCACAUCUUGUAAAUUGAAAAUGCGUGACAGUAAAGUUGUAGGUCUUUGAUAAUAUGUCGUUGUUUCAUGAUGGUAAUGAUGAUCAAGUAAGAUAAAUCAAUCUCUUGGCGUAUUUGAAGUAAAAUUUAAGAUAAUUAUUUAAAAAACAAUACAUUUAAUAUAUAUAAUUUUUCAUAAUCACACAAAUUAUGUUCAAAGUAAUUUCAUAACAUCACGCAAUAUAUUUGAAUAUUAUGAAUGCUAUACAAUUUUUUUUUUCAAAAACGAUUAAUUUUGUUUAUACAGUAUAAAAAAAAUAUCGAUUUUUUCAAGUAUAUAUAUAUAUAUAUAUAUAUAUAUAUAUAUAUUUUGAUCGAUUUUUCUGCAAUCAACGACUUUUCAAAACGCACGAGAUAUUCCAUUUUUUUUCUUUUUUUUUUUUUUUUUUUUAAUAAAAGGAAUAUUGGACGCGAGCGAGAGUAGGGAACACGGUGUUGUUCUUCUUUUUAGAAUUAACGAGUGAAUACGUGCACCAGUGGAUGCGAGUUGUCUCAUUCGCCUACAGGGAUCGAUAUUCAAAGUGUGUUCUAAGCCUUUUUUAAGCGCGACUUGGUUUUCUGCAAGACAGACCGAAGAACAAGGGGGCUACUCGUGUUAUUUUUGUUACUUUCUACAUGACUAUAUAUAUUUUUUUCGAUAUUUUUUUCCUUUGGAGUCUUUAAUGCUCCAACAUUUAAAAAAAUCAUCUUGAGUAGCCCUAACGUUUAGAAAAAGAAAAAGGAAAAAAAAAAAAAAUAUGUACGUGAUAGGAGCCCGAGGAAUGCGUGAGAGUCAUUCAUAGUUAUGAGGCUAAUUGUUGCGCUUUGUACUUCGAAUUUAGCAAACAACUAGUAGUAGUAAAACUUUUAUUAUUCUUUUUUGAUAAAAAUUUUAGUGAAGGUAGCGAGUUGGUAAAAAAAACCUUGAAAAGGUUUUAACAUCGUUAGAAUCAACAUAAUUUUGACGUGUUUUGCGAUUAAAAGUAUAAGUAUGAUGAUAUUUGAGGCUCGAGUGCCAAACGACAAAAUUAAAAUUAUAAAAAUAUAUCGAAGAUUCUCACGUAUUCAACGACUUCGAAGAUACUUACCUAUUCUAUCUAAAAGUACGCACUCUCUUCUUUAAAAUCAAUAGUCUUUCUUCCUAGUUGUUUGAUGUUUCUUUUUUAAACACAGAUUAGCUAGAUCGGCUAACAAAGUUAUUAUUUAAUUGAAAAAAGGCUUGUCCACGGCGUUCGAAUUUCAGUUUAAGCGGGUUAAACUGUGCUUUAAUUGAAAUAGUUACCAUAUAGUGAAAUUUGUUGAUAAAUAAUCUUUUUCUUCUGUCUCUUAAAUAAAAAAAAUACCUAUAAUAUUCAAAAUGAUCAGUGUGAAAUUUGAAAAGAAUACGUGAGUAUACAUCCUUUCUAAUUGCAAUAAUAAUUUCAAAUUUUGGUUCAAAUUCCAUAGUAAUUAUGUGGAAACUAGAUUCAAUCAAAGCUCAUGAAGGAAACAAAUAGUUGACUCAAUUUCAAAGUACAAAUUGAAUAUCCAUGUAAGUAGUGGGAAAAUUCGUAACGACGGGGUCAAGCUUUAUGUCAGCCAUAUUAGGCGAGUUGCGAUGAUGAUAACGGUAAGCAACGCAGCGAAUUCGUAAUGCCUAUAAUUAAUAUUCAGUGCAGAAUUAUUAACAACUAUACUUUUUCUGAAAACGUAAGAUCUAUUUCAAGAAAUGAAGAGACAUACGAAAAAUUUCGAAGAUCAUUAAAAAUUAGUUGCACAGCUACGAAAGCGACUGUUUUGCUCCGCGAUCAUAGGCAUAUAGUACAGUGAACCUGCUGAUAGGAUACUUGGAAUGUUCCGUUCUGCAGGUGCACAAUUAAACACGAUAUUAAUUAAGCAAUGAAGAUCGAAGAAACUAAUUUACAAUUGGUGAUAGCUUAGGAUAGGACCAAGAAUCGCAGUUCUAUUUAGAAAUUUUCGAAAUGGGUGUUCCGGCAAACUUGACCAGUACCCUUAUAUGUUUCGCAUUGGGCUUUAUCAGGAUAGAUGUUUAAAAAUAUCUAUAUUGUUAAAAAGUGAUUUUUGCUUCUCCAAUCAGAAGUUAAAAUUAAUUGACGAUAAAUCAAAUCAUGAUUUCUAUUUUGCCCUGAUGAAUUAUUAUUUAUAUAAAUCAAGUUUAUUGCGUGAAAGUUGUAAAUUUUACUUGAAAAUGUUAUCCAAUAUUAAAUUUUGCAGUUAAAACGCAGGAACUUCCUAUAAAAUUACUACUGUUCUUUGUAUUUUGUGAUAUCUGAUUACCUCAAAAUCUAAAACAGAAUAUGUAGGUAUUUGUCUUGUUUUGUACCAUCCUCGAAUUUAAUUCAGUUUCUACGAAAAAAAAAAAAAAAAAAAAAA